UUUAUCUGCUCAUUGUGUGUGUGUAAUCAUUAAAUUCGGUCCAGUAAUACGAAUGCAGGUGUAGGUUUUUUUGUUUUGUUUUGGAGAAUUGGAUAGAAUCAAAUUGUCAAUUACUGGCGAAUGACCUGAUGAGUUCAUUUUUGGUUCGACUGUCGAAUGGAUUUGGUCGGAUUUUUCAAUAUAAUGAUGAUGAUGAAACAAUAGAUUUGGUUUUCAUUGAUAUUAUCAAUGAUCAUCGCAGUGGAUCAAUGUUGUGGUCAACAUUAUUUGGGCGUUAUUGAAUCGGAUCAAUUAACAUUUGAUUUGAUUGCAUUACGGUUCCAUUAUUUAUUGGUAAAAUUUGAUCAUCUUUAUGCUUAUGGACCGAAUCAAGAUGUUUUUAAUCAAUUAGCAUUGGAUACAAUGAAUAACACUGGUCGUGAAGAUGUCAUAUUUAUCAAUCUUGAAGUUAAAGAUUUUGAUGAUCAUCAAUGUAUGGAUCGAUUGAUUUAUUGAUUAUUGAAUUUAUUGCUUAAUAUUUU